GUCAAAGUGUGUCUUUGGUCCGAUCCCCGUGCAUCAUGUCGACGAUUAAUUUGCCACUGAAUUUAACCGUGCGGGUACAUCCGGUAGUGCUGUUCCAGAUUGUGGAUGCCUACGAAAGACGAAACAAUGACUCGGAGCGUGUUAUCGGCACGCUGCUCGGUUCCACCGACAAGGGUGUCGUAGAGGUGACCAAUUGCUUCUGCUUGCCGCACAAGGAGCAUACGGAUCAGGUGGAAGCUGAGCUAGGCUACGCAAGCGAUCUGUAUGAGUUGAAUCAGCGGGUAAAUGCGUCCGAGAAUGUUGUGGGAUGGUGGGCAACCGGCCAGGAAGUGACGAACCAUAGCUCGGUCAUCCACGAGUACUAUGCGCGUGAGUGCACGAAUCCGAUCCAUCUGACGCUGGACACUUCGCUGACGGGCGCCCGGAUGGGUAUCAAGGCGUACGUUUGUGUGUCGCUCGGCGUACCGAGUGGCAAGAGUGGCUGCAUGUUCACGCCCAUCAACGUGGAAGUGACCAGUUACGAGCCGGAGGUGGUGGGCUUGCAGCUGUGCAUGAAAACAAUCGGACUGCAGACCAGUGCCAACCGUCCGCGCACCGUUUCGCCGAUGCUCGACCUGGCGCAGGUUACCGAAGCCUCGGGCAAGCUGCUGACACUGCUCGGGGAGGUGCUGGCGUACGUGGAGGAUGUGCUGAGCGAGAAGCAGCAGCCCGACAAUACGGUCGGCCGGGCACUGUUGGACCUGAUUCACUCGGUGCCGAACAUGAGCGGAGAUCAAUUUGCGCAAAUGUUCAACUCGAACGUCAAGGAUUUGUUGAUGGUGGUCACGUUGUCUCAGCUAAUUAAAACUCAACUGCAACUUAAUGAACGACUAACGUCACUCACAUCGUUCCUCAACUGAAGCCGGAUCGGAACAUUAGAGCACUCGGCGUAGUGGCAUCGACCCGACGUGGGCAAGGAAACGGGCCUGUGGCCGUCACUGCGAGGAAAGUUACGAGGGUGGUAAAGGAACGCUUGGAGUUUCGAGCAAACAACUGAGACGAUAACGAUAAAUUAUUCCAGAAUCCGCCGAUGGGUAUUAAUAAAAAGAAAAAGUAUCAUCGAGCUGGUGAAACACCACAA